AUGGAACAAAGUGUCGCAACGGACAUGAAAUCAGCGAUGAUCAGUGUGGAUGCUAAGGAAGGAUCGAGCAGUACAAGGAGAGUGCAUCCAAAAUUAGUAUUACCGAAUUCUUCUUCAAAUGAUAACGAAAUGGGGCGAAGUUCUUGUGCUGAAAUUCCGCAAGAUAAACAUAAAGGAGAAGUUAAGCAAGAGUACAUAUCGGACAAAUGGGAGAAUGUUGAAGCAGUUUUAGUGGGAAAGAAUUCAAAGAAAGAGAUGGUGAAGUCGAAAUUUACUCGGAUCAAGUCAAGAACGACGAAAAAUUUGAAUAUAAACAAAAUGAAAAAAUCAUGUGAUAGCAGGAGCAGUGCUGGAACGAGAACUAGGAAAUGGACAGGAAUACGAGAGUCCACUAAUAAAACAAAGCAGGACUCGAAGGAGGCAUCUGUCAACAUGGACUACUCGACAGUACCAAAACGAAAAUGUUCAGCGAAUGUAAUCUUAAAGGAGAAUAGUUCAGCUAUAGAUCUCACCGCGCAAAAAGUGGUGGAAGCAGCUGUCGGAUCAAGGAAAAUGCUUGGAGUACAUGUUAGUGUAGCAGGUGGUUUAGAACAAGGUUUUUACAACGCCUUAUCUAUUGGAUGCCGAUCUUUUGCUUUUUUUGUCCGAAAUCAACGUUCAUGGAAUAGUCCACCCAUGAAGGAUGAAGUGGUGCAAGCGUUUCGUAAAACCGCACAGAAAUUGAAAUUCCCAAUGGAUCAAAUUGUUGUGCACGGGUCAUAUCUGAUAAAUGGUGGUAGUUGUGAUAUGGAAAUACUGGACCGAGCUCGAGCGUGCAUGUUAGAUGAAUGUAAACGAUGCGAACAGCUUGGUAUCAUCUAUUACAAUAUUCAUCCUGGAUCUACGGCAGGGAAAUGUACACGUGAUGAAUGCAUCAAAACAAUCGCAGCUACCUUGGAUUAUGUUAUGGAUCACACUGAAUAUAUUACAAUUUUGAUUGAAACAAUGGCUGGACAAGGAAAUACUAUUGGUGGGAAGUUUGAAGAGCUACAACAAAUUAUUAACUUGGUGAAAAAUAAGAAACGAGUGGGAGUGUGCCUUGAUACUUGUCAUAUUUUUGCUGCGGGUUAUGAUAUACGAUCAGAAGACCGAUAUAAAGCAACUAUUACCGAAUUCGAGAAUACUAUUGGUCUCCAGUAUCUCCGUGCUUUUCAUAUCAAUGACUCAUCGGGUGAUCUUGGCUCUAGAUUGGACCGUCACGCAAAUAUUGGUAAAGGCAAGCUGAAGCUGGCAGCUUUUCGUCAUAUUAUAGCUGAUCCACGAUUCGAUGGUUUACCAAUGAUCCUAGAAACACCGGAAGGAGACUAUGCAGGAGAAAUGAUUCGAUUAUAUCAGUCAUUGAAUAGCAAACCACUGAAAGAACAUAAGAAAGAUAUCCGAUCAUUCUUUUCACCCAUAUAA